AUGACAUCACUAAUAACAAAUCGUCGUGAAAAUCAGAAUAGUAAAAAUAAUUUUAAAGAAGAGAACACAUCUGAUGAUAGUCUUUUAUUGAUGGUUGAUGCUACUGAAGAACAUGCGCCUCUACUAAACAUCAUUGAUGAUGAUUUAGAAACAGAUGAUUUACCUUCCUCACAUAAUAUACCACUUCGAUCACGUUCAUCAACUUCACAUUGCCAUGUGCCUGAUGAUAAAUUUGAUUAUGGUGCACGAAAUCGUCUUGUAGCUGUAUUAUUUGUCUGUAUUAUUUUUAUGGUUAUUGAAAUUAUUGGUGGUGUACUUUCAAAGUCAACAGCUGUUGCAACUGAUGCAGCGCAUAUGUGUGUUGAUGUUACUAGUUUUGUUAUAUCAUUAGCAUCAUUAUAUUUAGCUACACAAAGACCAACAAAAAAACUUUCAUUUGGAUAUAUUCGAGCGGAGGUUCUUGGAGCUCUUGUUAGUGUACUACUUAUUUGGGUCGUUACUGGGAUUCUUGUUUAUAUGGCUAUUCAACGUUGUAUUGAUCAAACCUUUGAAGUAAAGCCAAAUGAAAUGAUUAUUGUAGCUGCAUGUGGCGUUGUUUUCAAUAUCGUAAUGUUUUUUGUAUUACAUGCUAAUGUAUGUGGUCAAUCGCUACCCCACCAUGGUCACUCGCAUGGAGGUAAUCAUGGUCAUUCACAUGGCGGCAAUCACAAUCAUACACAUGCAGAUAAUCACGGUCAUUUACAUGACGAUCAUCACGGUCAUUCUCAUGACGAUCAUCAUGGUCAUUCACAUCUUGCUAGUCAUGAGCAUUCACAUGACAACGAAUUAUUAUCCGUUGAGAUUACAUCUAGAGACAAUCAACAAACAGUACCUAAACAAUCAAAAUCAUCUAAUAAUAUUAAUGUACGUGCAGCUAUUAUUCACGUUAUCGGAGACUUUGUACAGAGUGUUGGUGUUCUUUGUGCUGCAAUAUUAAUCAAAAUCAAACCUGAAUAUAAAUUAGCUGAUCCAAUUUGUACUUUUGCUUUCUCAGUAUUAGUUCUUAUUACGACAAUCACUAUCAUGCGUGAUAUUGUUCUUGUUCUUAUGGAAGGUGUUCCAUCAAAUGUGGAUUAUACACAAGUUGUCGAAGAUCUUAUGCAUGUAUCCGGUGUUCGAAAUGCGCAUAGUUUACAUAUAUGGUCAUUAUCUACACAGAAAAUAGCAUUAUCUGUUCAUAUAGCAAUAGACAAUGAUCAAGAUUCUUUGCGAAUUUUGAAUGAAGUACAAGAAAUGCUUCGUCAUAAUCAUUCAAUAAAUCGAUCAACAAUUCAAAUUGAAAUAUAUGAUGAACAAAUAAUGAAUUCAUGUGAAAAUUGUCGACAACCAAUUACCUGA